AUGUCUGCGAAUACAGAUGAUCAAAAUAACACUGUUAAACGAACAAGCGUUAUCCGAGCUCGUGGUUCGAGAGGACGACCUCCUCCAGCAACGUCAUCGCUUUUACCUAAUAUAACACAUCCUCCUGUUAAUGUGAACGACAAUACAAAUCAACAACGCCCUGGCAGUGACCGAAACUGUGACUCUGCUAGAAAUCAUGGAGAUCGAGGUCGUGGUUUUGGAUAUCGUGGCUCAAAUCCCAGAGUUUUUGUUAGACGAACCAAUUCAAAUGAUCAUAAUCUCAAUACCAAUGUAAAUAACAAUAGACGUUCAUCAUUUGCAACAAAUGCACCAACGACUGAUAGAGUAUCCAAUCAAAGACCAUCGCACCCUUCUGUUACAUAUUCUAUGAUGAGCGAAUUACUGGAUAAAAGUCCAGAUGAAGUUCUCGCGGAUAUGCUUCAUCCAAAUUUUGAACUAAAGGCCUUGCUGAAAGAUAGACGAAUGAAGACGAAUUAUGAGUGGACCUUAGCAAUGACAAAAUUACUUGAAAAGAUUAGCACUUGCGAAGGACCUCGACAAAGUAUAGUGAAGAUUUUCGAAAAACUACCGCGAACGACUUAUAUCGAUGGUGUGCACGACGAAAUCAUAAAACCUGACGUUAUUACUGAUGAGUUACGCUUUGAAUUUAUUCAAUCAUUUUUGAAAAUAUCCGCUCAGUUUCUCGAUUUAAUACCACAUUCAGCCGAUGAUCUAACGAAAGUCUUUGACCGUCUUGAGCUAUAUUUUUUCAAGAAUAAAACCACAUCUCCAAAAAUAGAAGAAAUCAAAGCUAUAUUAGGAGAAGUUGUUGAACGAGUUAAUAACAUCGAAUACAAGAAAAAACAAAAGGAGCAAGCAGAAAAACAAAAACUUACUACAACAAACAAACCAACAGUACACGAUGUUGGUCCACCGCCCGAUGAUUAUCGUCUCUUACCUAUCAUUCCCAAUGUCAUGGAAAUUUUAUCGGAAAAACAAGCCUAUCUUCGACCAAACAUCGUCAACGGUGUUUAUGACGACGCUCAGCAAUAUUUAGAUAUUCAUUUUCGUCUUCUUCGUGAAGAUUUUGUCGGCCCAUUACGCCAAGGCAUCCAACUGUAUCGCUCCGGUACUAAGGACAAGAAUUACGAUAUACGUAUUUAUGAAAAUGUUCGCUCACUUGGACCACGACUAAGUCCGCGCUCUGGCAUUGUCUAUGAUUUGCGUUUGGAUGUUGAAUUUGUAAAACGAGUUACAUGGGCGAAUAGUCGACGAUUGAUAUUUGGAAAUCUGUUGGUUUUGACUUACGAUGCAUUUCAAACGUGUGCAUUUGUAACUGUCGAAGAUCGAACAGCAAUUGAAAAAGACUGCAUCGUUUCGGUUAAAACAUUGGGAAAACUAAACAAUUUCGAACAAUCAGAAAUUGAUCUGGAUGCAAUCGAUUCUUCUCAUCAAUUAACUAUGGUGGAAACAACGACUUAUUUCGAAGCAUAUCGCCCUGUUCUCAAUGCUCUACAAGAGAUUGGUGCCGAACAAACUUUUCCUCUAGAACAAUUCCUUCUUAAAUUAACAAACGAAAUGAUUCCACCAGAUUAUGUAACACCGAACACAACUUAUGAUUUCACACCUCUUCUUGUUGAUCCACAGUCAGAAGUUAAAUCAGCUAUCACUUCUCAUGAAAUACGUGUUCAGCGUCGUCUUGGACAAAGAGUUCCACCUGCAUUAAUUGUUGAAAAAGAAUUUCGGAUUCGUUAUCAACAAGUAGAUCGAGUUCCAACUAAAUAUAGGUCGGUGACACUACUGAAGAACGAUCAAUGGCCAACAAGCCAGGAGCUACAUCUCAAUCCAAAACAACGAGAUGCGCUGAUUCUAGCUCUAACAAAUAAAGUUGCACUUAUUCAAGGACCUCCGGGAACGGGUAAAACUUAUCUGGGUGUACGAAUAGCUGAGAUGCUUUUACACAAUCGUCACGUAUGGUGUCCACAGGGUGAACAGUCCACACCGAUCCUGAUGAUAUGUCAUACGAAUCAUGCACUUGAUCAGUUUUUGGAACUAAUUAUCAAACGUUUAAAUAUCAGCGAAGGUAUCGUUCGUGUCGGUAAUCGAUGUCAAAAUACAGUAAUUCAACCAUUUUCUUUACUGAACGCUCGUCGAUCUGCUCGUAAUAGUCGCUCAAUACCUCAUCACAUCUAUCAGCAAAAACAUGCCAUAUUAGAUAGAAAAGCUGAAGCGGAAGAAGCACUAAAGGAGCAUAGCCACAAGAUCGAACAUUCUCGGACAAAUAUUAUACCAUUAACAACAUUUACCCAUAAUUAUAUUAUCGAUAACGUACACCGAUCUUCACUAUUAGCUCCUUACAAUGCUACGCUUGAAGAAGCAGCAUUACUAGAUUGGUUGGGUAUUGGAUGUGAACAAGUAUUCGAAGAUUUCCAUGAUCUCAUGGAUGUGGAGACCAAUAUGUCUGAAUUGAAUCUUAGCGAGAAUAUGGACGAGAAAGAAAGUAAGAAGAGUGAUGAAGCAGUGGAAAAAACAGAUCAAGAAAACAAACCUGUGGAAACUGACGAGUGCAACGCGAAAACAGAUCAAGAAAACAAACCUGUGGAAAUCGAUGAGUGCAAUGCAAAAGCAGAUCAAGUAAACAAACCUGUGAAAAGUGAUGAGUACAACGAGAAAACAGAAGAAAUCAACGAAGAGGAAGAAGAAGAACAACGUCGACGUGACGAACUCGAGAUCGAAGAAGAGGAAUUUAUUCAAUCAAUUGUUUCAAAACCAAAAACAUCCGAACUAAAACCAAAAAAGAACUCCGCAACCACAACUGCAGAUGACAAUGACGAAGGAGAAUGGCAAGUUGUGAAGAAAAAACCGUACAAUCGUCGUCGAUUAAUCCAACAUAUUCUUCAACACCCAACCACAUUAACUGAUGAAACUAUUGGACUUGUCAACAACGAUGUUUGGCAACUUACACUAGCUCAACGUCACGAUUUGUAUCGUUAUUGGUUAUACAAGUAUCAAUGCUAUUUACAUGCUUCCGUUCGUGAUGCACGACGACAGUAUAACCAAGCAGCGGCUGAUCUGGCGACAUAUCUUCAAAAUGAAGACUAUUUUCUUUUGAAAGAUAGUAUCAUUGUUGCAAUGACAACGACCUGCGCUGCGAAAUAUCAUUCAGUACUGGAACAACUUCAAAACAAAAUUGUGAUCGUUGAAGAAGCAGCCGCAAUAUUCGAGCCACAUAUCAUUACCGCAUUAAGUACAAAAUGCGAACAUUUAGUUUUGAUCGGCGACCAUAUUCAGUUACGACCGAAUCCAAGUGUAUAUAAUCUAGCUACGAAAUAUCACAUCGAUGUAUCAUUAUUUGAACGAUUUGUUAACAAUAAAUUCCCCAAUGUUCGAUUAAAUAUCCAGCACCGAAUGCGUCCGGAGAUCGCUCGUAUCAUGACACAUUUCUACGACGAUUUGGAGGAUCAUGAAAGUGUUAAAACUCAACGACCAGAAGUUCGUGGUAUCAAUACUAGCGUUUUUUUUAUUAAUCAUACAAAUCUUGAAACCAAAGUACAAGAUGGAAGUUCGAAGCGAAAUGAAUUUGAAGCCAAAUAUGCCCUUGCGUUAGCGGAAUAUUUGAUCAAACAAGGUUAUCGAGGCGAACAAAUCACAAUCCUUGUUAUGUAUCUCGGCCAACGACAGUAUAUCGCUAAACAAUCAAAGCAUCGCAAGCUCUUACAUGGUGUUCGUAUCACGGUCACCGAUAAUUAUCAAGGAGAAGAAAAUGAUAUUAUUAUACUAUCGUUAGUACGAAGUAAUGCAGAGAGAAGUAUCGGAUUUCUCAAAACAGAUAAUCGAAUUUGUGUGGCUUUAUCACGUGCUCGUUGUGGCUUCUUUAUUAUUGGAAAUAUGAAAUUAUUAGCUGACGUCAGUGAAACAUGGAAGAAAAUCGGUAGAUCGUUAGUUGACAAUGGUGAAAUUGGCAAAGGUCCAUGCCUUUCAUGUCGUCGACAUCCGAACGACAAGUUUAUUGCUGAAAAAGCGGAAUCUUUUGAGCAACGUCCCGAAGGCGGUUGUAACAAACUGUGCGAUGCUCGCUUGAAAUGUGGCCACCAAUGUACACUAAUGUGUCAUAAUUAUGACUUCGAUCACAAAGAAAUUGUCUGUCGAAAGAAAUGUGAUGAAAUCUUACCAUGUACUCAUCGGUGUACAAAACGAUGCCAUGUUCCCAAUCCAACUCAACAUGAUCCUUGUCGAGUGCUUGUUGACAAAACCAUUACACCUUGUGGACAUCAAAUAAAAUUCCAAUGUGCGGUAACACCGACAAUUAACGACUGUCAAAAACCGGUAUCAAAACGUCUUCCUUGUGAUCAUAUCAAUGAUGUUCCAUGUCGUAUCGUUUCAUCGCCAUCAGAAUUGAAACGAUUUUCUUGCCUCACACCUUGUAAUACAAUACUUGCAUGUAAGCAUAAGUGUGCAGGAACAUGUGGACGGUGUCGAACUGGUCAGUUACAUAUUCCCUGUCAACAAAAAUGUGAACGGGAAUUAAUUUGUUCACAUGUCUGCAAAUCAAAAUGUGCUGAAAAUUGCCCGCCUUGUUUACAGCCAUGCCAAACACGUUGUGUUCAUUCGGGAUGUCGAAAGAAAUGUGGUGAAUUAUGUACACCUUGCAAAGAGCCGUGUGCUUACAAAUGUAAACAUUUGGAAUGCACUCGUACGUGCUCUGAACCAUGCAAUCGUGGUCCAUGCAAUGAACCAUGUGAUAAGAAAUUAAAAUGUGGUCAUGAUUGUAUUGGUAUUUGCGGUGAACCGUGUCCUCGUCAAUGUCGUGUUUGCAAUAAACAUAUCGUUCAAGAGAUUUUCUUUGGCACAGAAGAUGAACCUGACGCACGCUUUGUUUUCUUGCCCGACUGCAAACAUUUAUUCGAAGUUACUGCAUUGGACAAAUUUGUGGAAGAUAUAAUCAAUAACAAAAAUGAAAAGGUGGCUAUCCGUUUUCCUGAAUGUCCUCGAUGUAAAACAAAAAUUCGUCGUUGUAAACGAUAUACUCCGAUUAUCAAUCAUGUUCAUAAUCUGAUUGCGAAAGUGAAACAGAGAAUCUUGGGCGAUCAUUCUGAAACAGAAAUAGAACAACGUCGCAAACAUGUAAUUAAAGAUUUCGAUCGAACUCACGAUAAAUUACAGGAAAUGGAUCCUAUAUCAAUACGAACAUUUCGUGAUAUAUUGAACAAUGAAGACAAUCUUUUCUCCGGUGAUAUCAUAACACUUAUAGAAAAUAUUAUGAUAUUCUUCAAUGAAAUCAAUGCACUUCUAACUAAUGGACGACAGAAAUUGUCCAAUAAUAUUUUCGAAGAUUUCGUGAGCGCACCCCUGAAUCAUAUCGUUCGGUAUCUGCUUGCACAUCGUCAACAUCGAAACUUUGCUCCACAACAAAUAAAUGACAUCGAAAAUGAACUAGCGCGUAUUCGUCGUUUAAUCUACAUCGAAACUCUUAUUCGUCUGUUGAUGCCGCAAAUUACGGCUCGUACUUUAAAACCAGAAGAACAAGAUGGUCUCGACACAAUGCAACGCCUGACAAAGAAAACAGGUCCAUUUACUGGACAGGACAAACAACAAUUCGAUGUUCUUGUCAAGAAAUUGGAACAUAUGAACAAUCUGCCUGGUUUGGGUAUAAAUGAAAAAGAACGUAUAACGAUUGUCAGUGCGUUAAAUCUAAACAAAGGUCAUUGGUAUAAAUGUCCAAAUGGUCAUCCAUAUGUCAUUACUGAAUGUGGUGGUGCUAAUCAAGAAAGUCAAUGUCCCGAUUGUGGAGAAAAAAUCGGUGGACAAAAUCAUCGAUUGGUUUCCACUAACAGUCAUUUUGGUUUAAUGGACGGAUCGCAAUAUGCUGCUUGGUCUGACGCAGCUAAUUUGAUGCCUAAUCAAGCUGUUCUCUAG